GGUGCAGGGCUGCAGUGAGGCUGAGGCCAAGGCCAAGGCCAGAAGCUGGGGAUAUGGCUGGGGGAAGGGCCAGAACAGAGUUGGGGGUGUGUGGUGCUUCCUCUACACCCCCUGUGGGGGCUGGCCUGGGAACCACCGCACGCCACUGAACAUUCCUCUAUGUCCCCCCAGGGUGUUGUGCCCCACAGUUUGGGGACCUCUGCUGUAGAGAGAUGAUGUGACUUGUUAGAGGUCAUGCAGGAAGUCUGAGUCAGAGCUAGGAAGACCCCAGCAUUCCUGACUUGCAGUCCAUUUUCUUCAAUGAAAAAAGGAACUUGAAUUGUAGGUGAUGACGACGGAGGAAAACUUUUUACCCCAGAGCAAUAUGAAGAAUACAAAAGAAAAAUGUUACCAAUACGAUUACAGAACAGAUUGUACGUGAGCUGGAGAUCACCAACUGGGAUGGACUGUAAACUUGUGGGCCCGGAAACACAGUGUUUUUGUACCCAUAGGUAUAAACAACACAAAACAGAUUAUGAAGAGAUUCCAAAAGAUCGUCCUAUUUGUGUACCCUGUCAAGUGAGCCGUUGCCCGUGCAAAUCCUAUCACUAUGUCCCUCUAAAUGGCACUCAGCCCAUUCGUUGUAGAUGCAAGCACUUUGCUGAUCAGCACAGUGCAGCACCUGGAUUUUCCUGUAACUCCUGUUCCAAAUGUUCAGGAUUUCACAGCUGCUUUACCUGUGGGUGUGGUCAGCCAACAUAUGCGCAUGAAACGGUUGUGGAAACCAAACAAGAGCGCUUAGCCCAGGGAAAACCUGUGGGACAGGAUGUUCCUUAUGCUGCAAUGGGAGGAUUAACUGGCUUUAGUUCACUGGCCGAAGGCUAUAUGAGACUUGAUGACAGUCGAGUAGGGGCACCCUCUGCUGAAUUUCUAGAGUCACCUAGUAGUAGCAUGGACCAUCCAUUUCUAAAAGCAUUCCAAGGCCCCUCCAGUUCUGCACAAGCCAGCUCACAAUUAACAGGUGGUUCUAGUGCAGCAAAGCAAGUUUCUAAUUUAAGGAGUUCUGAAGAAGAUGACAUGGCUUACUUUGAAAAACAGUACCAGGAACGGCUGAAAAAGGAGAAGGCUGCUAAACAGAAAGUUAAAGGCCUGCUGCUAUCAAAGAAUCCAUGAAGAUUAAUGAAACAAAGGAGUUUUUGUAAUAGAGAAUUAUCAUUAUAUUUAAGGGUAUUUUCAUAGUAUUUAUUGCACACACCUAUUUUCUAGUUUCUCAAUAUUAACACUGCUAUAUUAAAGUAUUGAUGACAUUCAUUUAAAAAUACUUGGUGAUUCUGGUUCUUUGAAAUAAAAUUAUUACUUUUUAUUAAAGCAGCUUGACAUACUAUCUAAGCUCUCAAAUAUUGCUGCAUGGAUCUCACCUUUGUUGUAGAAGAUGUGUCAUAUGUAGUGGAAAAUGAUGGUUUUUAGAGACUUCUAGAAUUUUUCAUUUAGGCUUUGAUCUAGCAAACACGUUUAAGUGCUUUGCUGAAUCAGAGCCUUAGGACAGCAGGUAAAAUAUACAUUAGACACCACAUCAUAUCCUCAGACUUCCAUUAUGUACUUGCUUCUUUAUAUGUGGAUUUAGAGUUCUUGUUCCUAACUUUCUACUCACUGGGGUUGUAGUACGCGUAAGGAUGACACGCAAAUUCGUGAAGCGUUCCAUAGUUUUAGGACACCAUCAAUACCACACUGAGUAACUGAGACUGCAGACCAGGGAAAUAACCCACUUCCUUCCCUGACAAACCAAGGGACACACCCCCACUCAUGUACUUAUCCACUACACCGAUACUGACUUGGACUCCUUAUUCGUUCCAUGGGUGGUGUACCCAAGCCCACUUAUCCACUGACACUUUAAAAAUCCUUGCACCCCAGUCUGGAUCUGUGCAGGUCGUGCAAUAUGUAUGUAUCUUUUCAUCCUUGCAAACAAUAUUUGUAACCCCCCAUAACCAAAGCCUGACCCCAGAUGUACAGUACCUUCCCUCUUAACUCGUGUAUAUUUCAUUUUAAACAUUCACUUUAAUAAAAUGUUUAACACUGGAGUUUUAAUAUGUUCUUAAAAGACACAGACACUGCUCUCUUCAUAUCUUCCACAUCAAAUUCAAAUUGAUUUUCCUCACCCUCAAGCUUCUGCAAGCUCUGUCCAUGCCAACAUAUAUCCUUCUCUCACCUCAGGCUCUGCAUUCAGCUAAUUCUGCUUCCCUUCAUGCCUGUUUUGUAUCCUUCUAAUACACUCACCUCUGUGUUCUUUCCUGACCUUUGUCUACACCACUAUUAUCCUCCUUGAGACUUUAUGUCCUACAGCCUCCCCAAAAUGACCAUCAUACUCCUGCCAACUAAUCAAAUACAAAUUAGCUCUCCCAGCGCUGUAAAAAAACCAUCCCCACUAGGAGAGUAGCUACUAGUGCUGGGAGCACAGCACCCAGUGCUGGUGUACUGUCUACACUGCCAUUUUAUAGCGCUGAAACUUUCUCGCCCAAGGGUGUGAAAAAAGUGUAGACAAGGCCUAAUUGGGUCUUCUGUUGCCAUUUUUAAAUGUCUCUCUUAUCCUUUGCAAUGUUGUAGCUAUGUGGGUCCCAGGAUAUUAGAGACACAAGGGGGGGAGGUAAUAUCUUUUAUUGAACCAACUUAUGGUGGUG